AUGGCUGCUGCUGCUGCUGCUGCUGCCAGCGGCGGUGCUGGCGGUGGUUGUGGUGGUCGUGGUCGAGGUAGCGAGGUGGAGGCCGGCCGUCGAGAUGUCGCAGGUGGCUGUCGUCCUGGUCGAGGGCUCCGGCCGCAGAAUCCAGCGCAUCCGCUUGUCCGCGACGCUCGCCGUAAUAUCGAGCCAGCGUUAAUGCAUCGCAAGAGGCCCGGUCUCCGGCGCGCAGCAGUCGAGAGCUGGCGACGGGUGAGGCGGACUCCAGAGACAAUAGCCCAGUGGACCCAAACACGCCAAAACUCUUCCUUCUUUGCUUCUUCGACCGUUCAGCCAUGGCGCCGCGACGCUGCUGCAGCUCUGCUUCUUCGACGAGGCCAACCCAGCGCAGGUUUCAAGAGAAAAAGGAAUAGCUGGAGCAAAAAGAAAAGAAGCCAGAGAGGCAACGGGAGGGAAACAGGCGACGAUGCGAGCGAGCGAGAGACGAAUGAGGCAGAGGAAAAAGCAACGUCGGGGAUGAGGCCUGAAAUCGAUCUUCUCGUAUGA